GGGCGAAUCGUCUCCACGCAGCAUGGCGGAUGCCUGGCCGCGCCGCCGAGGCCCGCGUCUGGUCGUAACCGGGUUCCGGUGUCCCUCAGCGCUGCCCACUGAGGCUCGGGACGUAGCGCGGCGCGCUGGCGGCUAGUGGAGGGUCGGCGCCGUGACGUCGCGGCGCGGUCCGAUGACGCCACCGGCGCGCCGCCAUGUUUGGCCGCCCGGCGGACGCGGCCGUUUUGAAGCUGUUGGGAGUGGCGCGGGCGUGUUCUCGGGAGAGCCGCCCUCCCGCCACCUCCCCACGGCCGUCGGGGACCAGCGAGGAGACCGACUCCGUCCGCCUCUCCCGCCAUGCCGCCCGGGAAGGUGCUGCAGCCGGUGCUGAAGAUGAAGGUGGACGAGCUGUUCCUGUGCUGGCUCAGCGACGCCGCCACGCAGCGCAUGUUGCGGCUCAGCCUGCAGCGCAUCCGGACGCCCGAGCGCGAGGCCGGCGCCGAACGGCUGUGGCCGGAUUGCAGGCCCGAGCCCCCCGCCAGCCCCGCAGCCGCGCUGCACCUCGGCGCCGCCAGCCCCAGGCCCGCUCGGACCGCCCGGAGGUCCGCGGGGCCCCGGCUCGUUCAGACAAGGAAGGAGGAGCCACGGCCCCCGCCCACGAGCCAGAGCAUUCCCACGUUCUACUUCCCAAGAGGACGCCCGCAGGACUCCGUCAACGUCGACGCUGUCAUCGCCAAGGUCGAGCACAUCUUUGCCCAGUUCCCCCACGAGAGAGCCACACUGGACGACAUGGGCAGCGUGGCCAAGGCCUGUGGCUGCCCGCUGUACUGGAAGGGACCGCUCUUCUACGGUGCUGGGGGAGACCGCACAGGCUCCGUGUCCGUCCACAAGUUCGUGGCCAUGUGGAGAAAAGUCCUGCAGAACUGUUACGACGACGCGGCCAAGUUUGUGCAGCUGCUGAUGAGCCCUGGGUGCAACUACCUGGUGCAGGAGGACUUUGUGCCCUUCCUGCAGGACGUGGUAAACACGCACCCCGGCCUGUCCUUCCUGAAGGAAGCAUCUGAGUUCCACUCUCGCUACAUCACCACGGUCAUCCAGCGGAUCUUCUACACCGUGAACAGGUCGUGGUCGGGCAGGAUCACGUGUACAGAGCUGAGGAGGAGCACGUUCCUGCAGAACGUGGCUCUGCUGGAGGAAGAGCCCGACAUCAACCAGCUGACUGAGUUCUUCUCCUACGAGCACUUCUAUGUCAUCUACUGCAAGUUCUGGGAGCUCGACACUGAUCACGACCUGUUCAUUGACGCCGAUGACCUCGCGCGCCACAGCGACCACGCCAUUUCUACGAAGAUGAUCGACAGGAUCUUCUCGGGAGCCGUGACACGAGGCCGUAAGGUGCAGAAGGGUGGGAAGAUCAGCUACGCAGACUUUGUGUGGUUCCUCAUCUCUGAGGAGGACAAGACCACGCCCACCAGCAUCGAGUACUGGUUCCGGUGCAUGGACCUGGACGGGGACGGGGCGCUGUCCAUGUUCGAGCUGGAGUUCUUCUACGAGGAGCAGAGCCGCCGUCUGGAUGCCAUGGCCAUCGAGCCGCUGCCGUUCCACGACUGCCUGUGCCAGAUGCUCGACCUCGUCAAGCCGUGCAGCCCAGACCAGGGGAACAUGCUGGGCGUGGCAGCCAUCAGGGGCAAGAUCACACUGCGGGACCUGAAGCAGUGCAAACUAGCUGGUGUGUUUUUCAACACGUUCUUCAACAUCGACAAGUACCUGGACCAGGAGCACCGCGAGCAGGCGGCCCUGCUGAGGGAGAACGACAGCGACGGCCCUGAGCUCUCAGACUGGGAGAAGUACGCAGCAGAGGAGUAUGACCUGCUGGUGGCGGAGGAGGCCGCGGGGGAACCCUGGGGAGACGGGUUCGAGGCGGAGCUGAGCCCCGUGGAGCAGAAGCGAGGCGCCCUGUGCUCCUCUCUGGCCCAGCGGCCGUUCCCAGAGUCCCCGCUGGGUGACGUGGAGCUCUAUGAGUUUGCAUGUGGAGACGACGACCUGCAGCCACUGUGACCGCGCGUGGACAGGAGCCCGUGACCCGGGGAUGGCCUGGGGUGGUCGCAGCAGGCCUGCCGUGCUCCCGCUGUCCAUGGGCACUGUGCCCUGAUGCUUUUAUUUAUUGGACUCAGAAUCCUCCGACGCCUCGAUGGCGCGUCCUGUGCCUACGUGGGCCACAUGGCCGCAAACCCUGUGGUCAGAGGCCACUUGUGGACCGAGGGCCGCCCACAGAGCCGCUCGGGUGCUGGCCUGUGCUGGGCAGGUGGCCACUCGAGUCCCGCAUUUGGGGUGCAGCCUCUGUGGGUGCGCGUGGCCCGGCUCCUGGACUCACGGCCUCCCGUGGUGGACCUGGGCCAGCCAGGCACCACGGACAGGACUGUCGGCAGAGGCCGUGGUGGGCAGACCUCACCUUUGUAUUUUUGAAUAAAGAAUUUGAGAGAUUUUCA